GACUGUGCCUUUUCUUCAGACAGAACUGAAGAUUUUGACAGGACUCCAAACCAGAAACAACAAAAAGAAGAAAUUUUUAAAAACCUUUUUUUAAAGUUUGUGUAUAAAUAUUUUACUUUUUUCAACAGCUGGGCUCUGAUUGUUUUUUUUUGGAAACUUUUUUCUUCCUGCACUAAAAAAGUGUCCAGUCUUCUUUUUUCUUAUUUCAUCAGAAACUUUUGUUUUCUUCUUAAAUCUUCCACAAUGUUUCCAGAGGCAAACAAAGGCUACACCUACGAGGACUGCAAGGCCACCGCUGAUUGGCUGAUGGCCCAGACAGAUGUCCGACCAACAGUGGGCAUCGUGUGCGGCUCAGGGCUCGGUGGGCUGGCUGACAUGUUAAAGGACCAGGUGGCCUUCAACUACAAAGACAUCCCCAACUUUCCACAAAGCACCGUGCAUGGACAUGCCGGUCGGCUCGUGUUCGGCACCUUAAAGGGGAGACCAUGUGUUUGCAUGCAGGGGCGUUUCCAUUUGUACGAGGGCUACCCAAUCCAGAAGAUCACACUGCCCAUACGCAUCUUCAAGCUGCUCGGAGUGGAGACGGUGAUGCUGACCAACGCUGCCGGAGGCCUCAAUCAGGACUUUAAAGUUGGAGACAUCAUGAUCCUUAAAGACCACCUGAACAUGCCGGGCUUCGCUGGAAACAAUCCACUGGCUGGACCCAACGAUGAGAGGUUCGGUGUGCGUUUCCCUUGCAUGUCCGACGCCUACGACAGAGAACUGCAGCAGCUGGCCAUGGACGUUGGACAGGAGCUUGGCUACGGGGACUUUCUGAAAGAGGGAGUCUACUGCGUGCUGGGCGGACCAUCGUUCGAGACCAUUGCUGAGUGCCGUAUGCUGCACAAACUGGGCGCUGAUGCUGUUGGCAUGAGCACAGUCUACGAGGUGAUCAUCGCCCGUCACUGCGGCAUGCGAGUAUUCGCCCUGUCGUUGAUCACCAACCAGGCGGUGAUGGACUACGACAGCGAGGAGAAGGCCAAUCACGAGGAAGUCCUCCAGACGGGCAAGCAGCGAGCAGAACAGCUGGAGCGGCUGGUUUCCACCAUGGUGACGAGGAUCGAGCACAACAACAACUACGCCUAAGAGGCGUAAUCAUGCUAAAGAAAAUCCCAUUUAUUAUUUAGGUGAGCAGUCGGGCUGUUUUUUAGUCUUUAGGUCAAAAGAUAAUAGCGUCAUAGUCCUCUAAAGAAUCUCACUUAGAUAUAAACAGAAA